AUGGUUGUGGACACCACGUACUACGAUUUAUUGCUGUUGCCGCCCUCGGCCACUGCGCUCGAGAUCAAAAAGGCGUACAGAAAGGCGGCUAUCAAGUUGCACCCGGACAAGAACCCCAACGACCCCGAGGCCCACGCGCGGUUCCAGGAGGUGGGCCAGGCGUACCAGGUGCUUUCGGACGAAAAACUCCGCGAGAAAUACGACAAGUAUGGCAUCCAGGAGUCCAUCCCAAGCGAGGGUUUUGAGGACCCCGCCGAGUUCUUCUCGCAGAUCUUUGGGGGCGACGCGUUCAAGGACUGGAUCGGCGAGUUGUCGCUUUUCCUGGAGUUGACCAAGUCCGCCGAGCUCUCGGCCGAAAUGGACGAAAAACCGGCGGACACCGCCAGCGCUCCCUCCGAAGAACAGAGCGCAUUUGGCGGCUCGGAAAACACCGGCCGCAGAAGCACGCCCCUUCUUCUUGCCGACGGCCAGGACAGCGCUGGUGGGUCCGGCACGCUCACGGCCGAGGAGCAGGAGAAGAAAAAACGGCAGGAGGAGUUGGAGCGGUUCGAGGAGGAGUGCCGGGUCAAGAAGAUCGAGAUGCGCAACGAGCUCAGCAAGAAGUUGGUGGAGAGGCUCCUUGUGUUCACGGAGUCGGACAUGGCCGACGACGUGGCGGAGUCGUUCCGCCAGAAAAUGCAGUACGAGGUCGAGGCGCUCAAGAUGGAGAGCUUUGGUUUGGAGAUCUUGCACUUGCUCGGCCAGAUCUACAAGACCAAGGCGAAGAUCUUGCUCAAGAGCCAGACGUUCCUCGGGGGCUUGGGCGGGUUGUGGUGGUCCAUGAAGGACAAGGGCGGUGUUGUCAGGGACACCUUCAAGACGUUGGCGUCGGCGCUAGAUGCCCAGCUGACCAUGCACGAGUACACGAAAAUGCAGGAGGACAACGAGUUCCACGCCAAGAAGGAGGCCGAGGAGGUUGCGCGUGCCGAGCUCGAGAAGAACCAGGCGCAGCAGGACGUCGAGCGCUUGGAGGAACAGUUACACAAGAUGCAGCAGCAGCUCAAGGAGGGCCACGAGGGGAAGAAGACCAAGGUGCCGGAAAAGCACACGGAUGAGGACAUCCACGAAAUGGAGAAGUACCUCAUUGGGAAAGUGCUUGCCGCGGCAUGGUCCGGCUCCAAGUUCGAGAUCCAGGGCACUGUGCGUGUCGUGUGCGACCAGAUCCUCUACGACAAGACCGUGCCGCUAGAACAACGCCUUGCGCGGGCCAGGGGCUUGAAGAUCAUCGGCCAGGUGUUCAGCGAGGCCUCGCGCACCGAGAUGGAGGCCGAGGAGGCGCGUGUUUUCGAGGAGCUUGUUGCAGAGGCGUCGCAGAAGAAGCACCGCAAGAAGCCCCGGCCGGCGGAGCCGAAGGCGUGA